CGAUCAAAUAUCUAUAUACCCGCAUGGAAAGAGAACUCUCCAAUGAAACCUUAUUAUUUCCUUUCUUUAUAUAAUCAAUGGAAAUUUGUACGAAGCAGAAACGUGGCUAGGAGCACCUGUUUUCUCUUGCGACCCGAAACAUACACACGGAUGAUAUUGUUUUCGAAACGUCUAUUUGACUCAACGUGUGAAAUUCAAAUCGCCCGCCGAAACCAGUGUCGGACAGUCUUAACAUGGCAGACGACGAGAGUAGCUCGACGUCCGACGAGAGUUUGGACGCGAAAAGUGUGAAAUUUAAUCCGAUGAAAGCACUUUAUUCAAAAAAGAUUCAACUAUCGAUCAGCAAAGCACCGAUUUACGACAAUGUUUCCAAGUUUGAAGCCGUAAUGUCUGGCCUGGCUGGUCAAAAAAAAAAGAAAGAUGAAACGCCCGACGUAACGCGAGGAGAAUGUUCGAGACAACGAUUUUUACCUCAUCAAGAGCCUGUGACUAGCAGAAGGGCGACCGGACGACGAGACUGGAGUAUAGAAGGAAGAAACGUCCUCGCGAAAAUGCAAAGAGCCUUCGGCCCGUUAGGUAUGCUACACGGAUACAUGGAAAGUCGGACCCGCGUUAAGGUCUACACCAGGAACGCGCGCGGCAUAAGGGGACACGUGGAGGCAUACGUGGCUGCCUUCGACAAGCACUGGAACCUCGCGCUCGAGGACUGCUUCGAGGUUUGGACCCGUAAAGUCAAGAGGAAAGCACCUGCUCUUGGAACCACGAAACGUCUGCCUGCGUUGUGGUAUACGCGCGACAUCCUGAGCGUGAUUUAAAAACGCUGAGAAGCACGUUCUCCCUCUAUCAAAGAAAAAAAAUGCGCACUGGUCGAAACGAAAUUUACGAACCGAUCGCAGAAGAGGCCAGUUCAGCACAGAACGCACAGAAGCUGUGUCAGCUAAUAGUAAAGACCGCGUAGAAGAGGACGUGAUCCACGAGGAAGGAAGUCGGAAAAGAGGAAAAACCCGGCCGGGCUCCUCGUUUCCCCUUUGUCGUGCGAGAAGAGUGGCUUUCGUGAAAUUCGUCCAAGUGAGUCUCGCAGGAGAGACGGAAAGGGAGACGUGACUUUAGCCAUAAGCCGUAGGUAGGCCGCACAGAGCAUGGACAAGCAAGUCGAGUUGAGAGGCGCGGACGGGCGGUCAGAGACCCCGCAGGGCCGGCGCAAACAGUACAGCAUUACCCACUCGCUCGUUCUAUCGCAACCUGGACCCAACAAUGCUCAAUAAUCGUCCCUGUGAUCGCGCCACCUUUUAACCGACAACCUGGAAAAAUCGUCUGCUCUUUUUCCACCGGUUUUGCGCCUUUCUUUUUUUUUUUUUUUUUACAGCCCGCAAAAAUACACGUCGAAGAGAAGAGAGAAAUACCAGACGUUGCGUCGUGGGUUUUUUUUUUUCUUUGCGAGAUCAAGCGAAUCUAAAGAGUGGAAUUGUAGGAAGAGAAAAGAGUCUUGGAACGAUAAGACGGUGGAGAGGGAUCGUUACGAAUAACCAAGAAUAGAUGGAUGGUAAAAGACCGUAAACGAUGAAUUCGACAGCGAUUUCGUUAAUUUCACUUUUCAUCGAACGUGCAUUUUUUACUGUUCGCGAUCGAGCACACAGGAACGAGCGAGCGAGCGAGCGUGUAUGCACAGCUCCACGGGACUUUCUCUGUAAUUCGCGGCAUAGUCUUUACGUCUCCUCGGAAUUAUGAUUUCCGCGAUUCGUUAUAAAUACGUUCAACGUGACGCUACAUAAUCAUAACGCUUACUCGUUUUACGCUAACUUUCUGUAACCAGAAACCGCGCAAUAAUGUUCCUAAUUUCGUCGCCACUUUCUCCCCUCUCCCUGUAGACUCCUUUUAUUUUUUUUUUUUCUUUUUUUUUUUCGUUCUGGUAUAAUUAACGAACACGAAGAGGUUCGCGGUUAUUAACAUUUUUAAUAGAAGCCAACAUCGUCGACGAGAAAGAACAUCGAGAGAUUAAACGAAGAUACGACGCAUCGUUAAGACGUAAACAUAGCGCGAGAAACUUCUACAAAGUUAAUUAUUACUACAUCUUACUGAUAUCGUAAACGAUUCCAACUUUGUACAUGGGUGUAUACAUGGAAUAAUUUUUUAUGCGGUCCGGUGUAGAGACGAACGAAAAGUUACAAGACAUGGAAACAAGAAAGAAGUCUAACUUCGCAAGAACGUAAAUUCCGCGAACUCUAUAGUGCGACUAUAGGAUCUGCGUGGCUGGAUUUCGAGCUAGAUAGAUGGUGCGAAAGAUACCCCAAGGAAAAGUUAAAUAUUGACUGGCGCGGCUAGCUUUAACUUCAACGUGGAAUCUUACGCGUCUAUUUUAGUUCCAAGUAAAGGAAUAGGCUGUUCGUUCCAACGUGUUUUGCUAGGAACAUAAACAAUGUACCAAGAAUACUAGGCGCGAUAGAAAUCGCACGGUUAAUGCGUUUCGAUGGCACCCGCGGUGCGAUUCACCGAAACGCUUUGGAAAACUUGCGAAAAAGAAUUGGGACGCCGUCGGUCGUUUCGAUGAGAACCGACGCUUUUUCCACGACUCGCCGAAACUUUCAACGAUGUCCUAGUCCGUCUUAAACCGUACACGGUCAAUGAUCCCUUUCUGCCCCGAUUUCACCAAUUUCGCUGAAAAAAAAAAAAAAAAAAAAAACAGAAAAAAAAGAACGCCUUCUCGUUGCGCUACUAGCUUCGUCUACUGGCAUUGCGUUUCCGGUUGAUAGCUCGCGGACGCGAUCGAUUAAAAAUCCUUCGAGAAACUCAUUACCGAAAGAUAACGCGAAUUACGUAUUACAAAAUUAUUAACGUGCAUUAACGUACCGCUCGCAACGUACGACUAAUUAAAUUAGAAACUCACGAAGCGGUAGAUAUAAUCUUUCAGCCUAACAUCGAAUGGUUCGGCGAGUAAUACGCGAUUCAUCCUGUGGAUAGCGUAAUAUCAAGCGUAAUGAUCCUCACUCACCGAUCGAG